AUGAUUAUCAAAAGAGCAAGCAGUAUUAUUGCACAAAGAAUCGCAUUUUCCGUCACCUCUUAUCGAAGAAGUACAUCCAGGAUAGCAAUCGCAAUCAUACUCAUCAUAAUUGCAUUCCUCCAUGUGGCAUUCUUCUUGACAAGUAGAAUCUCCAAUCAUAUAGGUAUAGCAGCCUGGAGCACAUGAGGAAUUCUCACAGUCACCGAAAUCAUAGUUACAGAAAGGCCCAUUACAUUCAGAAUCACAAAUCCCAUUUCCCAGCAUAUCAGCUGUGCAGUUAGUGGCGCAAUCCUUGCAAGCUCCCAUAUCGUUGUAGCAAGCUAUGACGUUGCAAGCAUCAUCGCAGGUUCCUCCUAG